AUGUCAGCCCUUUCGAUAACUUCGCGCCACCGUGCACUCCUUGGUGGAACUGUGUACAUCAAACUGAUGGACAACGCCACCAGCUAUGUGCUGGUGUUCUCCAAGGAUGCCCAUAGAAAAGAUAUAAAAGUGCUGAUUGUGAAGGGUGGAGAGGUGAAAACACGGCAGGAGUGCAGAAACAYAACAGAAUUUUCCAUCAGCAACGGGACUCUCAAGCUCGCCGACGUAGAGAAGGAUGACAAGGGAGUAUUUCAAGUUCCUGACACUGAAUGUGAUGCCACCCAGACCACAUCCCUGUGUUCCCCUGCUCUUGGAGGAUCCGUGAACAUCAAACUGAUGAACAAUGCAACUGGCUACAAGCUGAAGUGUUACAAGAAUGUCACCAGUGACCUUGAAAUUGUGUUUAAUUUAAAGAAAAGUUCAGUGACAAUAGAAAGACCGUAUCAGAACAGAACAGAAUUUUUCAUAAACAACGGGACACUCAAAAUCACCAACGUGAAAAAGAGUGACACGGGUCAAUACACUGUGACGGUUCACAACGCUGAUGGAAAACAUGAAAAAGACAUCAGUUUUAUCCUCAAAGUUAAAGAUAACAGUAUUUUUGUCUGGAUCCUGGUUGGUGCUGUUCUUGGUGCUGUCCUGAUUAUAGCUGUGUGUUUCUUUGUGUGUUGGAAGCGGAGGUGCUUUAGGAAAUCAGGAGAAAGUCAGACUAAGGUGCUGAAUGCAGAGCUACAACCUUCAGCGGAUUUAACCUUGGAGACGUUGAUCAGCAGCAAACCGUACUGAACAAAGACCUCCAGAAGUUCUUAAAAACACUUGAUUCUGACAGUUUUAUGGUGGUGAGAACAAGUGUUGGUUUGGUAAUCAUGUUUUUUACUUGGUCAAUUAUCUGAAAAAAUAUGGCAUAAACCACUGCAUACACUGUGCACUAAAAAAUGGUCCUCUAAACUUCAUGCCCCGGAAAUGCCUUGAAGCCUUGUGGUCUGAGGUAAAGAGUUAGAAAAAAAGAAAACAAAGUACUCAACAGAGCAACAAAAACAAACAAAUACUAUAUUAUGUGACUCCUAAUCAGCACUGCAGUGCUCUAUUGAUUAAGCUGUAUGCUGAUUAGUAUAAAAUCAAUAAAACCAGGAAGUAAGUAAGUAAGUA